CACAGAGCAGGGGAGCGUUUGCUUAUGGAUUGAGCCAUUCUUAAAGCUGCUGUCGGGCUGUCUUAGGCACUUGGAGCAAGGGAUUCCUUCCAACCUGGGCCACUUGGGGUGGGCUGGGGGCGGCCCCAGGGCAGGUGGCAGUGUGUGCAAAGGCCCUUUGUGACACGGUGCAGCAUGGUCACCAUGGGAUGGAAUGGGACAGGGUGUCCCAGGGCCCUUUGUGACACGUGCUGACAUAGGUGCUGGUGGUGACGCGGCCACGCCACAGUGCUCGGAGCACGCGACGGGAUAGGACAGGACAGAGCGGUGCUGUGAGGAGCCCCCGCACAGCGCGCUUGUUCUUUGCUGACCCGGAGCCUUUCCGAGGCGUUUACCUGUGCAGGUGCCCUCGAGGCCAGACCAUAGGACUUGGUGACCCGUGGCCUUCCUGAGGCUUCUCUUCUGCAGGUGCCCUCGAGGGCAGACCAUGGGACUUGGUGCCCCGGAGCUUUUCUAAGGCAUCUCCCAUCCCUGUGGCCGGUGCCCUCGAGACCAGACCGUGGGACUUGCUGUCCUUGCUUCCCAAGACUUCUCUCUUGAAGGUGCCUUGAAGGCACGACUGCAGGACUUGCUGACCCGGAGCUUUUAAGAGGCACCUCUCCUGCAAGUAGCCUUCAAUCCGGUCAGUGACAUGGAGCAGAGACCCCCAACCAUGCCCAAGCUGGCCUGGGUGAAUGAGGAUGAAGAAGGCCCUGGAGCUGUCCCAGAACAGCAGCUAGAAGAGGUGGAGCAGUUCCAGCCACCACAGGAGGGUGAGUGGCAGAGCUAGGCCACAGGGCUGGUGCCUUCAAGGCACAACUGCAGGACUUGAUGACCUGGAACUUUUUGGAGGCGUAUCUCUGCAAGUACCCUUCAAUCCAGUCAGUGACAUGGAGCAGAGACCCCCAACCGUGCCCAAGCUGGCCUGGGUGAAGGAGGAGGAGGAAGAAGGCCCUGGAGCUGCCCCAGCACAGCAGCUAGAAGAGGUGGAGCAGUUCCAGCCACCACAGGAGGACCCAGCCGUGGACCCGACACAAGAGCACGACCCCGCCCGUGGCCGCUUCCGCAGAACAGCGCAGAUGGUUUGCAAAUUCAUCAGGAGCAUUCGGGAGAAAGAGACCAGCGUCAUGGGCACUGGGGUCAUACCAUACUCAGAGGUCUUCAAAUACGAGACCAGUGCCGCCCUGCUGGAUUUGCUUGUGAAGCAGGGUGUUUCCAGUCCAGAGCAAGUAAGCAGCAUGUGGCCAGGGUUCAGUUCCCCCAGGAGUCACAUGGCUUGCCAAGCCACGCCUGCUGGUCACUUUAAGCCUUUGAGGCCAUCCCAGUGUGGUGGGAAGGGAAGCAGUUCUCUGGGGAAGCUGGGGGACAUUACUCCCUGUGGCAGCUUCCAGCUCUCCCCGUACCUUCUCCAGGUGCCUGCCAUGGUGAGGUUCAUCCACCGAUGGCUCAUGGCCAAUGAGCCUGCUGAGCACAGGCUGGACAAUACCCUGCUGGAGCUGACAGAGGCACAGCCAGCUGAUGUAGUCAUGACUCUCCUGCGUGUGGCCCCAUUGUGUGACAGGUAUGGGGCCCACCUGCCCAAAGGGCUCAGGGCUCACCAGCCCAUCACCCUGUGGAGCCUGUCUCCCAGGCGCGUGACAAACGGAGAGUUCCAGGGCCCUCUGGCUCCUCCAUUUUCCAGCCGUGGCAUGUCAGCCCCCAAGCCUGCUGCCAUGCUCCCUCCCUGCCCCUCAGGGGCCGGUGCCCACAGGGGUGGGCUGCCUGGGUGCUGCUGGUGAAGGGCCGUGGGCAGAAGCAGAGCUGGCAGUCAGCCCGGGCCCCUACAGCUGCCCAGGCCACGGUGCUGUGGCUGACACCCCCCGACACAGAGUUCUGACCCCACAGAGCUGCUGCGACCAUGUGGACGACAAUCAUGUCCUCGCCCAGGACUGCGGAGCUGGCGCAGCUGCUGCUCCUCGAUGUGCUGGGGAGCUGGCCAGAGCACAGCAUGCGCACCUCCGAUGGCGACGACACAGAUGUCUUUGCCCUGGCUGUGAGUUUCUGGAACUGGCCUUUGCUCGCCCCCAGGCCACCUUCCAUCAGCUCUCCAUCCUCCUGCCCCCACUGCGUCUCCCUGCCUCAGGCGCUGGGCUGAAACCUGGGCUAGGGGCAGGUUCAGGGGCACCAGGCCAGGUGCUCCGCCUACGUCUCCCCUGGCCUCCCCCUUCCAUGCUCUGGCCCUGCCACGUGGACGCCUUGGCACUGGGCGCUGUCUCAGGGUGGUUUGUCCUUUGCAGGCAACUGUGGUGAUGUGGAAGAUCCUCCAGGUGCCCUGUGUCCCACACGUACUGAUAUUCUUUUUCCCCCGCCUCUUUGCGCAUCUCCUCUUCCAAGUGUACUUCAGCACAUUGGAUACGCCAGAGGAGGUCAAUACCUUCUGGAAGGGAUGCCAGGAGGAACACGGCCUUGCCACCAA